AUGGCAGGCGAUGCCUUGGAACCUCAUCGUCACAUGGUAGACAGGCUGUCGUCUCCAUCAGACCCGCAGCCCUCGGAUCCCACAGAUGAUUUCACAAAUCCCCGCACGCCGACGACCUCCGCCCAGAGCUUCACUCCGCGCUCGCUUUUCGUCGGCCUCAUCAUCGGAGCUCUCAUCACCUUCUCAAACACAUAUUUUGGGCUGCAGACAGGAUGGAUCAGUACGAUGGCCAUGCCUUCGGCCUUGAUUGGCUUCUCGGUCUUCAAGGUUCUGUCGAAGCAAUUGUCCUUUCCGUUCACACCGAUCGAGAAUGUUCUGAUUCAGACCGUGGCUGGCGCGGUGGGCACGAUGCCACUUGGUUGCGGAUUUGUUGGGGUGAUUCCUGCACUGGAGUUCCUGCUGAAAGAUGGCGAGGACGGUCCGACAGGUGAUGGCGGGGAAGGCGAAGGCGGACCUCUCAAGCUGAGCUUUUGGAAAUUGGUGAUCUGGAGCCUGGGGGAAGUCAUUGUGCGGGAGAAAUUGCGGUUCCCAAGUGGCACCGCUUCUGCGCUGAUGCUCAAGGUCUUACAUGGUGCUGGGAAGGAUGAAAAAAUAGUGCCUGCCCAAUCUCAUACGGCCGUUGCAGCUCAUGAACAGGAAGAGGAGGAGAGAGGACUCCUGCUCAAGGAUGAUGAGGCUGAAGAUCAAGCAUCUGAUAAAAAGGACUGGCGGUCGAAGAUGCGUCUUUUGAUCUUUGCUUUUGUAUUUUCGGGGGUCUAUCAAAAGACAUUGUUUUCCUACUUCGUCCCUCUGGUCCGCGACAUUCCUUUAUUUGGCAUGGCCAUUGCCCAAAAUUGGCUGUGGACUCUCAACCCAUCUCCCGCCUAUGUCGGCCAAGGCAUUAUCAUGGGCCCAUCGACAUGCAUCCACAUGCUUUUUGGAGCUGUACUGGGCUGGGGUAUCCUGUCCCCGCUGGCCAAGUCUCGCGGGUGGGCACCCGGCCCCGUGAACAGCUGGGAAGACGGGAGCAAAGCAUGGAUUGUGUGGGUGUCAUUGGCCAUUAUGCUUGCGGAUUCUCUUGUCAGUCUUGGGUGGCUGGUGACUAAACCUCUUGUGAGCCGUGCUCCUAGGUGGAUUGCGCGAUUCCGAUCCACUCGCGUUGGAGGAUGGCUCGCGUUGCAGUUGCAGUCCUCGGCCUCUCAUCACCACUCCUAUAUCAACUACUCUGCCUUAGAUUCUGACAACCAUCCCGCGGCUCACGAGAGCCAUGGCAUUAAUGAUGCUCAAGUCACCGGAAAGGAAGAAGACGUGGAUGCGCCGCCAUCCCAGCUGAUCUCUACUCGUACAGUGGUGAUUUUGCUCCCAUUGACCCUCAUCCUGAAUGUCAUAUGCAUGCACUUUGUCUUCGGCGACAUCAUGUCUCCCUGGCUCACCAGUCUCGCCACUCUCCUGGCAGUCCUUCUGUCUGUCAUGGGCGUUCGCGCCCUUGGCGAAACCGACCUUAACCCGGUGUCCGGGAUCAGUAAAUUGACCCAACUGCUGUUUUCGCUCGCCACACCCGCCUCCCACUUCUCUCGGCGUACGGCGCUCAUCACGAAUCUGCUUGCUGGCGCCGUUUCAGAGUCUGGCGCCUUGCAAGCCGGCGACAUGAUGCAGGAUUUGAAAACGGGCCAUCUUCUAGGUGCGAGCCCCAAGGCCCAGUUCUAUGGCCAGAUGAUCGGCAGCCUGGUUGGGGCGGUCCUUUCUACGGCCGUGUACAAGAUGUAUGUGAAUGUCUACGAGAUCCCGGGCGACAUGUUCCAGACCCCGACCGCGUAUGUCUGGAUUUUCACUGCUCGCCUUGUCACGGGCCAGGGUCUCCCCGAGAGGGCCUGGCAGGCGUCUAUGAUUGCCGGCGCUAUCUGGGUUGUGAUUACCGCCUUGCGCAUUGUAGCAGCAUCCCCUGCCUUUGCGCGCGAUGGCAACCCCCCGCCCUGGAGAGCGUGGAUCCCCGGCGGUAUUGCCGUCGCCGUCGGCAUCUUCAACGUUCCCUCUUUUACUCUCGCCAGAGCCAUUGGCGGUAUCAUCGCUUGGUGGUGGUCACGUUCGCACGCCGUGCCUGCUAGCCAUCCUGCUACCAGCGACCUGACCGAUGGCUCUCGUCCCUCGACGGCCGGGCCUGCCACACCCGCAGAAAGACAUUCCGGCCUCCAGCCUGGCCGCGGAGAAUCUACGCCUGCCCAAAAGGCAGCCGAGACAGCGGAUGCGGCCUCUUCGUCUGUCGUUAUUCUUGCGUCCGGCCUCAUUUUGGGCGAGGGUAUACUGAGUAUUGUGAAUCUUCUUCUCGCCAGUGGGCGUGUACCCCAUCUAUGA